UGACGUCGCCUGCGCCAUGUGAAUGCGGCGCGCGAGCUCUGAUGAGGUUUGCGGAUGUUUCUGCGUGUGCACGCGCGUCGCUCAGCUGACAGACUCACAGCAAGGUUGCAGUAGCAGCGGGCCGAGUGGGUGGACUGUCCCAGGCUAUCAUGGAUGACCGCUCCUCUCUGGGCAGAGUGAGCGGCUCAACUGAAUCUGUGUCAACCGUCACCAGUGAGGAGUUUGUUCUUGUGCCGCCCACCGCUGGAGGUUCCCCCUCCAGCUCAGAGGGGAGGCCCAGACUCAAGAUGUCGUGGAAUGGAAGUGAGCAGUUGGAGCGGGCGAUGGAGGAGGUGUUAGAUGAUGUUAGUGACGGACCAAAAGCCGCAGAAGAGAAAGAAAGUCCCAUAGCGCUCGGCUCUCAGAACAGACCCCCCAGCCCGACUCUGGACAUUGCCCCCAAUGAAGGAUCAGCAGCUGUUUUGGAGAGUGUGACAGGACAGGAGGAAGAAGACAGUGUGCAGUUUAGUAAACUGUCCUAUCUCGGCUGCACCUGGGUGAAAGCCCCUCGUAACGAGACGGAGGCCCAGAAAGCCAUGGCCACCCUGCGGGCAGAGAGCCCCAUCCCCAUCCCCGUCACCCUCCAUGUGCCCAACGGCCCAGACGGUUGUGUCCGGAUCGUCGACCAGGCCUCAGGAACACAAAUCGCAUCUUUUCCCAUCUACAAGGUGUUGUUCUGCGCACGAGGACACGAGGGAUCUGACGAGAGCGACUGCUUUUGCUUCACCGAGAGCUACCGCAGCUCAGAGGACUUCCAAAUCCACGUCUUCUCAUGCCACAUCAAAGAGGCUGUUAGUCGCAUCCUCUAUAGCUUCUCAACGGCCUUCAAGCGAUCUUCAAAAGCUGCUGCCACAGACAUGCGGGACACGGUGUUGCCACUUUCCCCCGAUAGUGACGUCUUCACCUUCACCGUUUCUCUGGAAGUGAGAGAAGAUGACGGCAAAGGAAACUUCAGUCCAGUUCCCAAAGACAGAGAUAAAUAUUACUUCAAGCUGCGGCAGGGUGUACAUAAAAAAGUGUGUGUUACCGUCCAGCAGAUGUCCAACCAGGAGCUGGUAAUAGAGAGGUGCUUUGGGAUGCUGUUGAGUCCUGGUCAGAAAGUCCGUAACAGCGACAUGCACCUCGUCGACAUGGAGUCUAUGGGCAAGAGUGCCGAUGGGAAGGCGUAUGUGAUCACUGGCACCUGGGAUCCGAACACUCCGGCUUUCCAGCCUCUGAACGAGGACACGCCGAAAGAUAAGCAGGUUUACAUGACUGUGGCAGUGGACCUGGUGGUGACUGAGGUUGUAGAACCUGUUCGGUUCCUUAUGGAGGCGCUAGUGCGGGUCUAUCCGGCUAAUGAGAGGUUCUGGUAUUUCAGCAGGAAGGCCUUCUCUGAAACGUUUUACCUCAAACUCAAACAGGGCACUGUGAAGGGCAGCCAGGGAGAUGCCAUUUAUGAAGUGGUCAGCCUGCAGAAACACACAGAAUGUGCGACUGGAAGUCGUAGCCUCCUGCAGUCUUCCACGGAGGAAGAGGAACCAGAGGAAGAUAGCGACAGUGAGAUCUAUAGUGGGACAGGAGACGUAUCAAAGGACUGUCCCGAGAUGAUUCUGGAAUCCUGGGCUGGGAUCCUCAAGAGAUGGCAAGGAAACCUGUUGGUGCGACCGAAGGGUCUGUCUGCUCUGGUGAAGCCUGGGAUCCCAGAGGCCUUACGAGCUGAAGUAUGGCAGCUCCUGUCUGGCUGCCACAACGAUCAGGCUUUGCUAGAGCAAUACCGCAUCCUCAUCACCAAGGACUCUGCCCAGGAAGGCGUCAUCACCAGAGACAUCCAUCGCACCUUCCCUGCUCACGACUACUUCAAAGACUCGGGAGGCGAUGGCCAAGAUUCUCUAUACAAGAUCUGCAAGGCUUACUCUGUGUAUGAUGAGGAGAUUGGUUAUUGCCAAGGUCAAUCAUUUUUGGCUGCCGUAUUACUUUUACAUAUGCCCGAGGAGCAAGCUUUCUGCGUGCUGGUGAAGAUCAUGUACAACUACGGUCUCCGAGAGCUCUACAAAAACAACUUUGAAGAUCUUCACUGCAAGUUCUACCAGCUGGAGCGUCUGCUGCAGGAGCAGUUGCCGGACCUUUGGUCUCACUUCCAGGACCUGAACCUGGAAGCCCAUAUGUACGCGUCCCAGUGGUUCUUAACACUGUUUACCGCCAAGUUCCCUCUCUGCAUGGUCUUCCAUAUCACCGACCUGCUCCUGUGCGAGGGGUUGAACAUCAUCUUCAAUGUGGCGCUGGCUCUUCUGAAGACCUCAAAGGAAGAUCUGCUGCAGGCCGACUUUGAGGGUGCGCUGAAAUUUUUCCGGGUCCAGCUCCCGAAACGCUACAGGGCGGCAGAGAACGCCCGGCGCCUUAUGGAGCAGGCCUGCAAUAUCAAGGUGCCGACAAAGAAGCUGAAGAAGUUUGAGAAGGAGUAUCAGUCUCUGAAAGAGAGCCAGCUUCAGCAGGAAGACCCAAUAGACAGAUAUCAGAGAGAAAACCGGCGACUGCAGGAGGCCAGCAUGCGUUUGGAGCAGGAGAACGAUGAUCUGGCCCAUGAACUGGUGACCAGCAAGAUAGCACUGAGGAAUGACCUGGACCAGGCCGAGGACAAAGCUGAUGUUUUGAACAAGGAACUGCUCAACACUAAACAACGUCUGGUAGAGACCGAGGAGGAGAAGAGAAGACAAGAGGAGGAGACAGCACAGCUGAAGGAAGUGUUCAGGAGAGAGCUGGAGAAAGCAGAGUUUGAGAUCAAGAAGACCACAGCUAUCAUAGCAGAGUAUAAACAGAUAUGUUCCCAGUUGAGUACGAGGCUGGAGAAACAGCAGGCGUCCACAAAAGAAGAACUGGAUAUAGUUAAGGCUAAAGUGAUGGCGUGCGAGCGCUGUAGAGAAGUGUUCAGCAAAGACGGACCCCUGCAGAUCCCUGCGGUGAGUCAGGACAACCGGGACACGGACGUGGAUGAGGAGAAGGACUCGCUCAAGGCCCAGCUGAGAGAGCUCGAGCUAGAGCUGGCGCAAACCAAACUCCAGCUGGUGGAGGCCAAGUGCAAGAUCCAGGAGCUGGAGCAUCAGAGGGGCGUUUUGAUGACUGAGGUUCAAGCUGCCAAAAACUCCUGGUUCAGUAAAACACUGGGCAACCUCAAGACUUCCUCCGGUAACCAGUCACCCUCCUCACCCAAAGAGGGCCAGUAGGACUCGCCAAAGGUUAGAGGAGCGUGACCCUUCCGCUUGGCCAAUCGGAGUAGAAAACAAGCUGUCUAAUGAACACUACUAGCAACACAACAUGGCAAUGCAGUAUUCCCUCACAUGGACUAAUGAAGGACUUGAACAACCCUCCAUCCAGAUGCACUUACUACUGUUACCAUUUUCUUUGCUUGUGAUGCCACCUAGUGGAUAUUAGCAAGUACCAGAGUAACAAUUAUUCCUUUUACCCAUGUUCAACCCGUUAUCCACUUCUGUGGAUUGAAACUACCAGUUCUAGCAUGCAAGUACAUAAACUAUGACCUUUAGACCAUCAGUUGCUUUACUCAGAGGGAAUACUGCAUUCUGCUUACCAUUAAAAGUAAAAAAAAAAAAAAUUUCUAUAUAGAAAUGAUAAAUGUAACAGUUUUGUCAUAUAAAUAUGUAUAACUAUAUGUUGAUUUUUAUUUUAAUCUUGUACAGUUCUGAAAGGAAAGUGUUCCAUUAUUUUUUACGAUUUUGAAUAUGAAUGUCCUCUUUAUAAAUGUCAAAUACCGAAAAGCACAGAAAAUAUAGACCACGUAUGGAAACAAGCAUUCCCUUUCCGUCCACUCUCGUAGUUCUCCAUUGCUGUAGACUGUUCGUAGACGAAUUCGCAGUGAGCACGUAAUUCGUCAGACGACGCGAAGCUUUCACGUUUGCGAUGGCCACGCUGCACAUAUUGUUUAUUUGAUGUUAUUUAACAAGUAUGAGCGAUUCAGUGACAAAUGCCAGGCAGAAAGCACAAACUUGUCAUGUCCGAGCAUCUUAAAAGCCAUAUGGAGUCAAAGUGAACACCUGCAAUCAAUUUCAUCUGCUAUUUGUCAGGAUGUCCAUAUUAAUAGUUUUCCUAUACGUGUUGUGUUUUACCAAGCGUGUUGCCUCUUAUUCACGCUAACAAGUCACCGUAUUAACACUGAUAUAAAAAAAGGUCUUGUCUUCUAUUUUGUCAUUUUUGAAAUUGUGGUUUAAAAAUGCCAAACUAAUACUACAAAUUAAGAAAGAGGUGUCAGUUUAAUAUGAACUGAUAAUGCUGUCCUGUGGGUUUCUACAGAUGGUUACAGGAGAUUUUUAUAUAGUAAUCUACAGGACGGAAAACGUCUGUUCCAGCCUGCUGAUGUCGUCUGUCUAGUAACUAGCCUAUCUGACAGUAAACAUAUGGUUCUUGGUCCAUGUUUCAUUUGAUUCACACCUUUCGUUAUUUCAAUAAACAGUAAUGCUAAUUCA